AUGAUAGUCUUCCGAGCACGUAAUAUUAAUAAACUGUCGGAUAUCGUUGCUGUGGACGAUAUCGAAUACAGCAGUAAAGAGUCGCAAGCCAGUGUUACUCGUCCACGGGCAUUUGCCUCACCGAGGGCAGACGCUGUGCUGGAUGGAUCGCCGGAGAAGCUAGCGAACGAGCAGGCAAACGUUGGUAUCUGCCAUCCAGUGCACUGUACAUUCACCGACUCGCAAUGCGCCUGGUCUUUGGAGAAUGCAUGGAAAAAACUGGACGGCAACUUGGCGUUUGACACCGAGGGAGAAGGCAGUGCGAGCAGCGGCUAUUUUUUGGUGCCUACUGGAGCGUCUCUGGAAAUGGAUGUCUGGAUGAGGUCAGCUAAUGUAGUAGUGGUCAGUGUCUUUGAAAACGACAGGCAAUGUUUGUUAGCUCGCAUGUCUUAUUCAAGCGCUUCAAUAAGCUCCUGCACAGAAGCAGUAGUACAACCAAGAUUCUUUUAA